AUGGCGUCACAGCAAAACAAACACGCUUUUCUUUCAAAGAAUAGAAUCUUUCACAAUCCCGAUAAUGUGUCCUCAUCAAAAUCUCGAAACCUUAUGGAUAUCACAAACACGACAAACACCAUGAAUGGCUCUAGACCUUCGUCUAUGAAGAGUUCAUUGGCUCUUCCACCCGUAAAGGAUUCCUUCCCAUCUGUAUCUCGAUCUGCAUCAUUAAACAUCAACAUGAGCAAAAUUAAGGACUUAAAAGACCGCCAAGACAAAAUAAGGUUCCAAAGACAUACUCUCAGGACUCAAUUGAUUGAGUGCGAAAGAGAAAUCAAAACCAUCAAGUUUCGAGAUCUCAAUAAGUCCAGGUUUGAACUUUAUAAGAAAAAAUCCAAACAAGCAAAGUAUCUCAAACAGGUUAGAGAUUUGACGCAAAAUCUGAACUCCAAGGACGGUGAACGCGCUGAUUUAAUUAAGAAGAACAAAUCCGCUUUGGCAACCUUGCAGGCUGAACUCGACCAGAAUCUGAUCUUGAAAAGGCAGGAAUCUCAAGAAUUGUACAAUAAUAAGCUUAUCUUUUGGGAAAAUGAGCUGCAAAUAAUGGAAAAUGUCGAGCCUGACCACGAAAUCACAGAGGAAAUAUCUCAGUUGAAGAAAACGCUGCAAGAGCUCAACAUAAAUUGGGCGAAUUUACAGAAGCAAAACUUGGAAAGACAAGUAAACCACGAAUCACAAUUGAGGAAGGAUUUUAUUGCAUUCAAAGAAGCUAAGUUAAAAUCCAUGGAAAAUUUGACAAACAAACAUCGUGAAUUACUUGAUCAGAUAGCCACUCUACAAUCGGAAAGUGAGAAGUUACACAAGGAGAUCAUGGAUAUAGAUAGACAAGCUGAAUAUUCGGAACAAAACAUCUCAGAAAUAAAUGAAAAUAUAAAACAAUUGGAAUUGGCAAACAACCCACUAAUAAGCAAAUCCUUACAAAACUCGCAAGAUUUGGAACAUUUACAAAACCAAAUGGAAAAUUUGAAAGAAAUGGCCUCUAAACAGGAAAAAUUUUAUAAUGAUACCUAUAACACUGUGGAAAAAGAACUCCUGCGGAGUAGGAGACUUGAAAACUCUAUUAUUGAACAAAAAGGCACGAUGCGCUGUUACGCUUACGUGAUGGAGCAAAAUUUGCCUGAGAACCUUUUAUUUGAUUACGAAAAUGGCGUAAUAACCCAAGGUCUAAGCGAACAUGUUUACAAAUUUAAUAGGGUGAUACCGCAUUUAAAAGUUUCUGAAGAUAAAUUUUUCACUCAAGAGUAUAGCGUUUACCAUGAUAUGUGCCUGAACCAAAAAAAAAAUUUCAACUUAAUAUCUCUAAGCACCACUCCACAUGGCUCAUUGAGAGAGUCUCUAAUAAAAUUUUUGGCCGAAAAGGAUACAAUAUAUCAAAAACAAUAUGUGAUCACCUUACAGUUUGUAUUUUUAUCAGAUGACGAAUUUUCUCAGGACAUGCUCUUGGAUUAUUCCCACAAUGAUAAAGAUAGCAUAAAGUUGAAAUUUGAAAAACACUCAAUUUCUUUGGAUUCCAAACUUGUCAUCAUAGAAAAUGGACUCGAAGAUUUGCCCUUAAAUUUUAGUUGUGAUGAACACCCAAAUUUACCUCAUUCUGGGAUGGGUAUAAUCAAGGUGCAGUUUUUUCCUCGAGAUUCAAAAAGCGAUGGCAACAAUGACCCCGUACCGGUGGACUUUUAUUUUAUCGAGUUAAAUAAUCUGAAGUCCAUUGAACAGUUUGAUAAAAGCAUCUUUAAGAAGGAAUCAUGCGAGACCCCUAUUGCACUUGUUCUGAAAAAACUAAUUUCUGAUACUAAAUCCUUUUUCUUGCUAAACUUGAACGAUUCAAAAAAUGUCAAUAAAUUAUUAACGAUUUCAGAAGAAGUUCAAACACAACUUUGUAAAAGAAAGAAAAAGCUCACUUAA